ACACACAAGGGCACACAAGUCGUGUGUAUUCAGAGAGCCAAACCUUCUAUUGUAUUCCGCACUCAAAAGAGUGACAUUCUUCCACUCCAAUUAGCAUGACAGUGGGACGUCCAUGAUUCACCGGGUGGGAAGAUUUUGGUACAUUUAAUUCUGCUGUCAAAAAAAGAAGGAUAUAAAAUUCCUCGUACGUGUAUAUAAUAUUCCACUGUACGUAUGGACUAGUAUAGUUCGUAAGCUUCGCGCGGACAUUGGAUGGUAGGUAAUAUGUUUCUUCUUGUACUGGCAGUUUGCGUGAUGACCUCUAUGUGGUAGAAUGAUGGCAUCCAGCGGCAAGAUAGCGAGAGGUAUCCUUGUCUUUCUUCUCGUUGUUCUGGGGAGUUCUCUUCGGGCUGCUUCACAGUCUGUCUUCAUUGAAAUUGCGAACAUCACCCACAACUCUGCCUUUCUGUCCUGGGACAUCCCCGUUGAGGGCGCCACAGUUCAGGCAUUCCAGAUCAGCGUUGACUGUCGUCUCUGCGUGCCUUUCGACGUUUCCGCAAACACCGCCAGUACUCAACUUACAGAACUUAAAGACAAUACGCGAUUCCAAGCUUGCGUGACACCCUUCACAGAGGCUGGUCUGUUGGGAUCGGAGUGCAUUUCGUUCAGAACUUACUUGUCGCCUCGGACGGUGGGGGCGCUGUGCGUUGGUCUUUUCCUCGUUGUGUCUUUCUUCGUGCUGCUCGCGAUGGAUUUAUUAUGCAGGAGGCACCAGAUUGAGGUGGAGGACGCAAAGCGAGAUGAAUUACUCGAGCAAGGCUGGCAGACGUUUAAGAGAAGCAGCACAGGAAGGGUCGGGAAGAAAAUAUCCAGGGCAUCCGCUGCUCCCAGCAUGGUGCACGCUCGAUCAGAAGAUGAUGGCUUUCAAAAUGUCGGUGACGUCACUUUUGAAGAGGACUUGCCCGAAUGAACUUACACGAUCUUGAACAUGAUUGUCAAAUCCUGAACGAGCCCCGGAUAUAUUAGCCGUCAGUGCCUCUUCACCAGACUUCGCAUAACAUUGAUCAUACAGCGAAGACCAUUAAAGAGAUCGAGGCAUAUUUAAUGAACCAUCCUCUGUAUUCAAGCAUUAUGAUACAUUCCUGGAGACAUGGUAAUGACAAUUUAAAAUCGAUCUUUUCUGUCACUGAUUAUAACUAAUUUUGUGUGGAUGCAAGUGGUGUACAUGGAUUCGUCUGCAAUAUUUGAACUUAUUGAUGGAUGCGUCACUCAUGUAGCAAAAUAUGCAACAAGGAUCAACCUGAAAUCCGCAAGCAUUUCUCGUUUCGCAGGUCAGGAUAUUAUGUAGCUACAGAAUAAAAUCUGAUCUUUUCAGUGGUGUCAAGAUGCUGUGCCAAAUUGAAAAACGAAGAAAAGUGUGAAAUCAUGAACUUUUGUAAUAUCAGAUUAUAUAUCAUGUCUAUUUUUGUUACUCCUCAAACUCGGAGAUACGUUGCUUCUGUAUUGGAAUUAUUAUACAGUUCUUAUUUCAAAAUCAUGGCGACAUUGCAUGAUGGUGUACUAGGCAGCACUUCACAAAUUUCACUCGGUAAUGGUGAGAGGAAAAAAAUCUGCGCAAUUGUAGCGGUAUCUUCGGAGGCACCUUACCUCUGCACCAGCUUUGGCAAGAACUGGGGGAGGGGGGGGUUCACAAAACUUGUCAUCAGUGACAAAUGGCAGUUUUUGUUAUAAGCUACUAAAAUCCUUGCUUCUGAUUGGUAUCAGCAGAUUUGUCACUGAUUUAUGUCAUUUGUCAUUGAAAAAAAGGCUUUGUGAAAAGGGUCCCUGUUCAUCCUGCAUAUGCCUCGUCAGUCACCAGUAAGGCCUGCUCAAACCAGAGAAAAACUUCCAAAAAUCUUUUGUGAGAGGAGAUGAGCCAGUAGAUUAAAUGAAUUCAGAGUCAUUUAUUAUUUCAAGUACGUUAAAGUAAUCCUUUAAACAUGCUUGACAUAGAGAACCUUAUUUCUUUCCUUUCAAAUAAUGUCCCCAAUGGACGGUAUUAUCUGUUAUAUAUUUUUUGUUACACCCUUCUGUUUCAAAGUUUAUUAGUGGGUACGGUAUCUUGUUGCAUUCACCUUCAAUUAAUUUC